UGGACACUCUCUCUGUGCUUCUUAGGCUUGGUCGCCAUUUGAUCUCAGUCCAGAGUUUUCUAGUCACGGAAGAGAAGGUGAUAAAAACCAGGGGGGACCAGUAGACUCCUAUGACUUUCAUUGCCUGAUACAAGACCUUGUUCAUGUGACUAAUGGAAUGAACUUUCAAAAGUCUGAUACAAAGUCCCUGAGAAACCUGUUAUUAUUUCAAUAUCUUGUCAACAUUCUUGAAAGUGAUUUUGUACCGCGCAAUAGUGCAUAUGAAGGUCUCAUGAGCUGGGCGCAUUUGAAAGAGUCUUUGCUUAACAUGCUUUUGGGAUCACGUAAAAUAAACUACAAAAACUUGGUGAAGGAUUGUUUAACUUUUAUGUGUCAACUGUACCAGAGUUCUGUUGCAUUUAAUGAUGAUGAAAUACAUCCAAAAAUUUUUGAAGAAAAAUCAGCUAAAAGUUGUGAUACUGCUGUGAUAGUUGCUUUAUUUGAGGUUGGAAAGAAUGCCUGCAUUGCUAUGCAAAAAUUUCUCACAAUUAUUAUGGAGCUAGAUACAUCUAAGAAGAAAGCAAAUAAGGAAGGUUCUACUACAAGAGCUGAUGGUGUCAGGCAUACAGACUCCGAUGGUGGAGCUAAUUGUAGAUGA